AUGACGGUAGCACAUGAUUUGACCCGCAGGGGGUCUACUCAGGUCAUCAAUGGGAUGGCUCUUGAGGACAAGUUCGAAGUUUUGAAGGAGAUUGGCGAUGGUAGCUUUGGCAGUGUGGUCCUCGCCAGGGUACGGAGUGCCGGCGCCAGCGUUGCCCGCCGGGGCACAGUGAUUGCCAUCAAGACCAUGAAGAAGACGUUUGACUCGUUUACAGCAUGCAUGGAACUGAGGGAGGUGGUCUUCCUCAGGACACUACCCAUCCACCCCCACCUAGUCCCGGCGCUCGACAUUUUCCUUGAUCCCUUCAGCAAGAAGCUUCAUAUUUGCAUGGAGUACAUGGAAGGGAAUCUUUACCAGCUAAUGAAGGCGAGGGAUCACAAGUGCCUUGACAAUGGCAGCGUUAAGAGCAUCCUCUUCCAGAUCAUGCAGGGUCUUGAGCAUAUCCACGCCCACAGCUUCUUCCACCGAGACAUCAAGCCCGAGAACAUCCUCGUCUCUACCUCAGCCCAUUCUGACUACACCAACUCAUUCAGGCGAUAUUCGGCUUUGGUAACACCCCCUUCCACGCCGCCCACUUACACCGUUAAGAUUGCCGACUUCGGCUUGGCGCGCGAGACACAUUCGAAAUUGCCUUACACGACCUAUGUCUCGACAAGGUGGUAUCGCGCGCCGGAGGUGCUUCUGAGGGCCGGCGAGUACUCGGCGCCCGUCGAUAUUUGGGCCGUUGGUGCCAUGGCCGUGGAGGUAGCUACCCUGAAGCCUCUUUUCCCCGGUGGAAACGAGGUCGACCAGGUGUGGAGGCAUCCAAGAUCCUUGGGGCGGAAGCAGUCCGAUGUGAGCAGGGGAAAGGAUUCCGUCACCUCGACACCGACCUCAUCAAAGCCGUCGUGGUUUAGGAAAUCCUUGAUUGGGCGGACAGAGAGCGUUGAGGCCAUUUCUGUGGUCCCGCAGCCCGUGCUCAAGGAAACCCCCGCUGCGCGCCCUUCCCCCAUCAUCACGUCGGAGCCGCCCGCGCCUAAGCCGAGAGCGCCCCCGCAGAAGAGGACGACGUGGGCAAACGGCCCGUCAAAUGUCGCGCCCAUCAACAUUCUCCCGACGAUCCGCCCUAUUUCCCCCUUGUCCGACGCCGUUACUGCUCAAGCAAACAACCGGGCGCACUACGAUGCGAACGGGAUUAGGGUUGCGCCAGUCGACGAGAAGGGGUCCAAGAAGAUUGGCCGUCAAUUGUCUGUGCAGUCUACCACCAACCACUACGCCGAGAUCCACAGGCAACAGGCCGAGCGGGCCCUCAAUGGGAACUCGGGCCUUGCUUCGCCAACGAGCGGCCACAAGGAGAGCUUCUUCUCCCACCUGCGGAAGCGCGCGAGGAGGUUCUCUGGCAGGCAUCAGACACCCAUCUCGCCAGCCUACGAUGACCUCGAAGCCCAAGCUGGUUGCGGGCCAUGGGGGAGUAACAGGUCGUCCAUGGUGAUGGACAGCCCGCCUCCUGCGCCUGUCCCAAAGGACACCUACGACUCCUUGGACAAGAAGCUGCAAGUCUCCGACAUCCCUCCCGCACCGCCUGCGCAUCAGGUGACGUCGACCACCACGCUCAAGCGUCAUCACUCGUUGCCUCACCACCAACCUAGGUCUGUGGAUAACUUGGUGGGCACGACUCGAGGGACAAAUCCGGUGUCGAGUCGGACACGGAGGGCGCAUGCUGUUCACGAUGUCAACCAGUAUGAUGCCCCGGACGAAGAGGAGGAGCUCCUAGACGAGGUUCUCACCUCAACCCACCGGGCCAUGAAGCGUCUCGAGAGGAAUGAUCCAGUACGGCAAGCUGUCGGCGCCUUGGGCAUGGCUGACCCGUACCCGACACCCUCACCUUCUGCAAGCGGUAAUGUGAUGCUUUUCGGUGACGGCAAGGAGGCCAUUACCCCCAAGCCUCUAAACUUCCACAAGCCGGCGGCCGAGCACAAGUGGCCAACACCCCCAUACGAUGAGGGCGACUGGGCGGCUUCGGCCUCAGCGAGCAUCUGGGCAGCGGGCAACCGCUUCUAA